CCAAUAUUAAAGUUGCUAGGGAGGGCACAUUAGUGUAGGUAAGGUUUAAUGAGACUCCAUUGGAUUGUAAUCAGCGUCAUGUCGGAUUUAUGUAAACUACAACAUUGUAACAAAAUGGCGACUGUUUAGGUCACGUCAUUAAUGCAGGCAGCAAUGUUUUUUCCUACAACUCAACUGAUACAAGCAAGUUAUCAUUUGGAUCUUGAAGGAACUAGCGUCAUUCGAAGGAAUCGUGUUCCAAGUCGGUCGGUAACUGUCCCAACCUUCGAGGAAUUUACUAUCUAGCUACUUUCAUCUUAUUUUGAGGUUACAUGUGAGCUUCCACCUUGGAUGAGGAUUUACAGCAGGAAUGUAUUGAUGCUGAGGUGGAACAUUACUUUUUGACCUUCAAGAUGUGUUGGAUGUAUCAAAUGUUUCACAACAACAAGGGAUAUUCUCUAUGGAUCACUUUUUCCUAAAUAUCAUUGUUUAACCAUGGUGGAACUUGCUAACCCUCUGUAUACGGAGUGGAUUCUAGAAGCAAUACAGAAAAUCAAAAGGCAAAAACAGAGGCCUUCCGACGAGCGGAUUUGUCAUGCGGUGGCUACCUUACACAGAUUGGACAAGAGGACCGUUCUGGAGCAGUUGGAGUUAAGUGUUCACGAUGGUUCCAUUCUCAAAGUCACCAAUAAGGGGAGCGUGUCGUACAAAGACCCUGAGCACCCUGGGAGAGGAGUAUCUUCAUCAACAACAUCAUCGCUCAAACCUGUUAGUGCAAACCUCUCUGUCCCAUUGUCUAAAGGAUCUAUAUGGAAUCCCAGUGACCUUCGCCACGUUGACUGGAAUAAAAUUCUGAGGAGGGCCAUCGAGGGUCUGGAUGAUAACCACGGUUCCUCUCUGAAGAACAUCCAGAGGUACCUAAGGAACCAGGAUGAUCUAUCACAUGUCCUGGACAACCCAGGGUUUCAGCAGAGGUUACGACUGUCCGCCAAACGAGCAGUCAACAACGGCCGGCUGGAGAAGACCGGCCCACUCUACAGGUUAAACCAGGGGGGUAGUGGAGCAGAGGGGAGGAGCCAGAGGUGUCCAGGUGCUUCCCCAUUGGCUCUUCAGUGUGUCACUCUUCUUCCACAUGAGAGUGACCAGCUACGCGCUGACCCCAUCCCAAUAUGCAGUUUCUGUUUGGGAACGAAAGAGUCCAAUCGGGACAAGAGGCCAGAGCAGCUUCUCUCCUGUGCAGACUGUGGGAGCAGCGGGCACCCAUCUUGUCUGAAGUUCUCCCCAGAGCUGACCACAAAUGUGAAGAGAUUGCGAUGGCAAUGUAUAGAAUGCAAAACCUGUAGCUCCUGUCGAAUACAGGGCAAAAACGCUGACGAGAUGCUGUUCUGUGACUCUUGUGAUCGGGGGUUUCACAUGGAGUGCUGCAACCCACCACUCUCAAGGAUGCCAAAAGGUACCUGGGUCUGCCAGGUCUGCAGGCCCAAGGAAAAUGGAAAGAAACUGCUGCAUAAGAAAGCCGAUGAGAUCAAACGUCGAUAUGCAAAGCCAAUCGGGAGGCCCAGAAAUAAGCUCAAACAUAGAAUGUCUGUAAGCAGUGGUGACGGCUCCAUGCUAGCCCGGGGAGGAAGGGGGUCACCUGGUAGGGGUCAAAAGCUUAUCGUCUGUUCCACACCUUCAUCUGGUCAUGCAGCAUCUGUGAAGGACGCCACAGACAGAUUGGCUGUUGCUACAGCUGACCCCUGUUGGGCAGGUGACUCUGUCACUCCCCCUCCCCAAUUCACCACCUCCUCCUCCACCCCUUCCACCACCCCCCCCCUCACGCCCACCUCGUCCUCCUCCACCCCAGCAGUUACACUCACUGUUAACAAGAAAACCAAAGGGCUUAUCGAUGGGCUUUCCAAAUUCUUUACCCCCUCGCCUGUCGGCCGCAGGUCGUCGCGAGCCGGCGAAAUCUUAGACCCCUCUGCCCUGAAAGGGCCACAGUCUUGUUGUCCUGCUAGGAAAAAGCCGGGCACUCCGCCGAAACUAUGGGAACUCAGUCCGUCUCAGUCAGUUGUUGGCUUAGCUGCAAAGUCUGAUACAACUCCAAGUCAAAAGCUAACCACCACCAUAUCUCCCUGUACACUCCCUCUCCCCCCCCCACCCACGUCGCUUGGACAUAGCCCCACCACCUCCCUGGUCUCCUCCAGCUCCACCUCCGCUAACUCACCCCAGAGUUCUUCCAGCCAGUCUAGCGUCCCCUCCAUCACCAGUCUCUCUAAUCACAACCAACUUAAGGGACUCUUUGACGGACUCUCCCAUAUCUAUGCCACUCAGGGACAAUCUCGGAAAAAGGGACUGCCUUGCUACGCACCUCCUAAGCGCAGACACCGUAAGCAGGACUUAGGGUCCUGUGCCACCGCGUCCAAAACAUAUCCUCUCAUUCCCCAUCCUCCCCAACAGCGCCUCGGAAAGAAAGAGAUGACAAAGAAUAGGUUGUUGUUGUCGUCCCACUCCUCCUCCCAUCCCAGGCCUGGCCGGCCCAGGGGGCGCCCCUUUAAGGUGGUCAGUCACUUCAGACGUAGCCCCUUUUUAAAAAAGCACAGGACGCUAGGCAGGCUAAGAUGUAGAGUGACCCCUCAGAAGGGACCCCAGGAAACACCAGGAAAGGGAGACAUGACAGACGAAGGAAGAAUUAAGGCAGAGCACGACCAUGGCUGUGAAGGUGAAUUGAGGGUGAAGCAGGAACCUGGCUUUGUAGCGGUCUCCAGGGAACAUGUCUCAGAGGAAGACAUGGAGAUAUUCACACAGGUCCACGAGCUCUCGUCGCAGAGAAAUGGAACCAUGACUAUCACUGACUCUGGACGAUACCCGGCCGUCAUUGAGUUUGGGAAGUAUGAAAUCCAAACCUGGCACUCAUCGCCUUACCCACCGGAAUACUCAAGAUUGCAAAAGCUUUACCUGUGUGAGUUCUGUCUGAAGUACAUGAGAUGCAAGAACAUCCUCCAGCGACACGCCAAGAAGUGUGGCUGGUUUCAACCUCCAGCCAAUGAGAUUUACAGGAAGGAUGACCUUUCAGUGUUCGAGGUUGAUGGAAAUGUCAGCAAGCUCUUCUGCCAAAACCUCUGCCUGUUAGCCAAGCUGUUCCUGGAUCACAAGACCCUAUAUUACGACGUGGAGCCUUUCCUUUUUUACAUACUAACAAAGAAUGACGAGAAAGGCUGUCACCUUGUGGGUUAUUUCUCCAAGGAAAAGCUUUGCCAGCAGAAAUACAAUGUCUCCUGUAUAAUGAUCAUGCCUCAGUACCAAAGGCAAGGCUUUGGAAGGUUCCUCAUUGAUUUCAGUUACCUUCUGACGAGGCAGGAAGGACAAGCUGGCUCCCCAGAGAAGCCUCUGUCAGAUCUGGGUCGCUUAUCCUACCUGGCAUAUUGGAAAAGUGUCAUGGUGGAGUACCUCUAUAAGCAGCCAGAUAAACACAUCAGCUGUGGUAAUCAAAUUAGAUUGAUAUAUCUUAUUGCGUUAUUGAGUUCUCCAGGUUUGUUUGUGGUGAUUCGAAGAGAGCGGUUGGUCCAGAGGCACAUGGGAGAGCUGCGAGCCAGCCCCAGGCUGAACCAGGUGGACCCUGACGCACUGCACUGGACCCCCGCAGUGGCCCUCAACGCUGUCCUGUCUGAGGAGGAAGAAGAGUCGAGAUGGAUGUAAGCUGAGCGACUGAAGGAGCAGGCUAGUUGGGAGAAUGAAGAGAGAGCGGUGUCCUAUCUGAUGACUAGCAUACAUCACCCUCGUCCUCCCACUAAGGUCUACAGUAAGAACCCCUUCAGAACAUAUGAGCGUCGCCCCACAACCGCUGGAGACCAAAGACUGCACGACUCUGAGGAAUGUAGUGAUGACGAAGAUGAGGAUGAUUCUGAUGGAUCGCCGCCCAUCCUAACGAAAGCCCAUGCUAUGUUUGGUGUCAAGAGAAAGAGAGAGAGAGCUGAGAGAGCUGUCAUGCUCAAGAAGAGAGGUCGCAAGAGAAGAAGGAUUAAUAGCAGUGUGACGACAGAGACCAUCUCAGAGACGACGGAGGUUCUGAACGAACCGUUUGACAACUCUGAGGACGAGAGGCCCAUGCCCCUGCUGGAGAGAACCUGUGGGGUGGGCGAGAUGGAGGAGGAGGAGGGGCUGAGGAAACCAGUGAAGAGACGCAGAGGUCGUCCGCGGCUGGAGAAAAACAUGGACAGAGACAAUCGUGAACACUGGAAUGAAGUAGCCGGUGUCCUGUCAAAGAAACCGGGCAGGCCUCGAGCGGUUAAGCGCAAGAAGGGCUGGCCCAAAGGAGUGAAAAGGGGGCCUCCAAAAUGGCGUCUGAAGAAGGAGAGGAAGAUGGGCUUCAAGCUGAACCUGUACACUCCCCCCGAGACGCCGCUGGAGGCCGAGGAGCCCCACAUCCAGGCCGAGGAGCCCAAGGAGGAGCCGGAGGACCAGGACAAGGCCUCGACCAUCACGGAGGAGGAGUCAGAGCCCGGCAGAGACCUGGCCGGUCGGGACACAGAUAUGGACAAGCGCCUGCCCUCAGAGCCCCACAGUCCCAUGGAGGAAGAGAGUCCUAGUAAACUGAGCUCCCCUGGGGUAUCUCCUGUGGCUUCUCCCAUGGCCUCUUCUCCAGUAGCCUCCCCUAUGGCCUCUAGAGCUAGCUCCCCUGUCUUCUCUCCUGUUGGCUCCGCUAUGUGUUCUCCCGUCAGAUCCCCCAUCCGUGACGAGCCACCGGAGGAGGACCCACAAGACAGUGAGCACGGGAACUCUCAAGCUCCUUCUCCAUCCAAACAGCUGGACCACAGCACUGAAAGAUCAGCCGAGGAUGAUGAAGACGAAGAGGCCACUCACCUGGACGCGGACGAUGAAGACGAGAGUCGCAUCGAGUCGACUGCAGAGCCAGAGAAAGAGGAGCGGAAGCAAGAGCCAGAGCCUUGUCAGGAGCCUCCUGAAGCGGAGUCCUGCACCACCCUGACUUUUUUACAUCCAAAUGACAACAAUAAGGAUUCUGGACGACGUCAGGAGGGGUCUGAAGGGAUGGCCUAUUGGCGCAAGGAGGGGCCGGCCAACACUGGAGACGAGAGAAGAGACGGUAUCCAGGAACAGGCACCAACCGCAGUAGCAGCAGUAGACUCUGAUCACCCCGUUGACUCCGAGUCAGAGGAGAGUAGCAGUCAGGAGGCUCGACGCCAGCCCCAGCAGACAGAAAGGGAUAGAGAGAGGCUUGUUGCUCUGAAUCCUUCUGCUGUGCUGAGAGACCGAGAGGAGGACCGAGAGGAGGACCGAGAGGAGGACCGAGAGGAGGACCGAGAGGAGGACCGAGAGGAGGACCGAGAGGAGGACCGAGAGGAGGACCGAGAGACGGCCCAGGCUGUGCAGAGCCUCACCCAGGAGACAGAGCGUGACACAGAGACACCGCAGGACAGCUCCAGCUCGGUGUUCCACCAGGAGGCGAGCCACAGCCUGCAGACCCACCCCAUGGUCCCCCAUAGCCCCCCUCACACCCUAACCUCGCUGGACGAAGGCUGCCCCCAGUCGGACCACAGCAGCCCCCUGUCCUCGGCCCACUCCCACCCCAGCCAGUCGGUGCGCUCUGUCAGCAGCCCGGCGUUGUCCAUCCUGGAGAGUAGCAGAGGCAGCAGCAGUGGAGGUAGUGGCGCAGGAGGAGGUUACACCCAGAUCAGCCCUGACCACGGCUCCAGCAGCGGAGCCUCCAUCUCAGUCCCCUCCUCCCUCCACAACAUGGAGACCAGCCCCAUGAUGGACGUGCCGUCGGUGUCGGACCACUCGUCCCAGCAGGUGGUGGACAGCGGCUUCAGCGACCUGGGCUCCAUCGAGAGCACCACAGAGAACUAUGAGAACCCCAGCUCUUACGACUCCACGCUGGGGGGCAGCAUCUGUGGCGGGGCCGGGGGUCCGGGUGGACCUGGGGGCCCCCCUCAGAACAGCUGUUCCUACGGCCCCCUCCCCCCCAGCGGCCUGGUGCAGAGCAGCUGUGCCGUCAGCCAGCAAAUGGGGGGCGUCAACCCUGGAAGCUGUGGCAUGAUUCAGCAGAAUACCCUAAGCUCCCCGCAGCACUGCAACGUCAAGUCACCACAGGGCUGUGUGGUGGUGGUAGAGAGACCACCGAGUAAUGGUCAACACAGUCAGAGGACUCAGCACAGUCAACACAGCCAGCACAGUCACAGUCAAACAAUCACACACAAUCCCCAUGGCCAUACUAGGCACACUAUCACUCCACACAAUCAGCAUCCGCAACAUAAUCAGCCUCACAGCGCUCCACACAAUCAACACAGCCAGAUAACGCAACACAACCCACACACACACCCUACACACAGUCAGCCACAUGGUGUACAUCACAAUCAACACAGCCUUCACAAUCAACACAAUCAACACGGUCAACACAGCCUUCACAAUGAACACGGUCAACACAGCCUUCACAAUCAACACAGUCAACACAGCCUUCACAAUCAACACAGCCACAGUCAGCAACAGGCCAUGACACAGUGCGGCAUGCCUACCAACUUCACGGCGCCCAUUCAGCUAGCUGACAUCCCUGAGUCAGGCAACCCCAACCUGAGCAACAUCUAUGAGAGGAUGAACCAGGAGGGCUAUGGCAGCGGUCAUUACUCCCAGCCCUCAGCCACCUUCAGCCUGGCCAAACUGCAGCAGCUGACCAACACCCUCAUAGACCACCCUCACUCUCUGCCUUUUAACCACUCUGCCUCCCACUCCCACCCUAUCACAUCCUAUGCAAACAGUACCUCCCUGUCAUCACACUCGCAGCACUCUGGCCUGGUGUCUCUGUCCCAGUCCCCCCACCCCGGCCACUCUCGCCCCCAUGGGGUCUCUCCUCACCCCGGUGGCCCCCAGGUGCAGGCCACCAUGACCCCCCCUCUGACCUCCUCCCACCCCCUCAGUUCCCCACAGAUGAUGCUGCAGCGCAACGCCAUGGGCAUCCCCAACAUCCCUACCUCCCAGUGGACUCUACAGGCUCAGAUGGCCCCCGGGGGACCCAAGGGCCCCACACACAUUGCCAUGCGCUCCAAGUCAGCGGCCUCUGGUCUCUCCUCCCACCCCCACCACCAGCAGCAGAUGUACAGCCACACCCGCGGGCCCCUCCAGACAGUCACCAUGCAGGCCCCCUCAUCCCGGACGCUGGCAGCCAUGCCAAGGGGCAUGAACAUGGGCACGGUCAACAUCAUGCCGGCCCCUGGCAAUCCCUACAACCAUGCUGUUAGUGUCAACUCCAUGAACAUGCCCUCUGCCUCCAUCAACCACGCCAUGAACGGCUACCACGUCACAACCCAGGGGCCAACCAUGAUGGCGGCCAACGGUGGUUACCACAGCAACCAGAUGUCGGGCCACCAGAUGACGGCGGCCUACAUGAACCAGUCGCCCGGGGCCCAGUAUGCCUCUAUGCAGAUGGGCAUGAUGGGAACACAGCCAUACCCCCAGCAACCCAUGCAGGCUCCGCCGCACAGCAACAUGUACUCUUCAGCUGGUCAGCACGGAUACAUGACCAACACUGGACCCAUGUCCAAGCAGACACUCAAAGGGCCUUUCAUCAGACGGUAACCCAUGGUUACUGACCUAACGGUUAAAGAAACCGUAACUAAUGACAAACAAACUGAAUCAAUCUGACUGGAUGUUUAAAUCACACAAAUGUGCAUUAUUAUUACAAUGAGUCCUAGAUGCACAAAUUUGGCCUUUUUUUGUUUGUUGAUAAUGUUUGUUUGUUUUCAUUUAGUUUAUAGUUACUUAAAAACCAGCACUUGGAAAGAAUGCUAAAAGUUUCAUCAACAAGCAAACUUUUUACAACAAGCUUCUAUCUAUGUCAAAGUAUUUUUGUUCCUAACAGAUUUGUGUUCUUUUAGGUUCUAAGCCUUACGUCAUGAAGAUAAAAAUGUAUUUAAUUAGUAUUAGUCUCCCUGGUCACUCCUUAGGGUAGAGGGGGGAGGAGACUGGGAAGAGAUUUCAUCACCGGGAGUGAGUGUAGUUAUGUAGCAGCCUCAAACUAAGCCAUCUAAUGUGCCUGCUACAAACAGACUUAAACAAGUGGAUAUUCCUAGAACCUGUUCAGUGUACCUGUCUAACAGUGCUGACGAUUAGUUUGUACUAUACUCAUGCCUUUGUAUAUUUAAAUUAUUGUACUUAUUUUGUAAAGCAUGCUUCGGUCUCCAGUCUCCGUUAGUAACAGUGCAUUGAGUAGUACUGUACAAGUGUUGUGCUUAAUAGCAAGCCAUUCUAAAUAUAUUUUGGCCUUUAUUAGGUUCCCCCUUUCACAGGGCGGGGGAGAAAGAUGAAACUAUAUUUUGUUAAUUCUAAUAAUGUAAAAAAAAGUGUAAACUUCUUUAGUCCUGUUCUUCUGUAUGUUUGAGAGGUUUCAUUGCUAUGUAUGUAUAAUUCUGAAGUCUUUUGUAACAGAUGUCCUUCCUUGAGGCAGCUUUCUGUUUUAUAACACAGAAGACUGAUUUCUGUCAAGAUAACUAAGCAUAUCUCAGUGUUUGUACCCUGACUCUGAUUCUAAAACAUUUCAAAGAGGUGUACCAAUGUCGAAAUGUGGCGGAAUUUUAAAAAAACAACUAAAUGAUUGAUGAUUAUUAUUAAUAAUAAAGAAAUAUACAUUUAGUCCAAAGUCGAUAUUUUACAUAAAGCCUUUAAAAAGUAACGUUUUCAUUCCAUCUGUAGAUUUUUUUUCUAUCUUUAUAAAAUGUUGGAUUUAUAUUUUACAAAAUGGAUAAGACUAGAGGAUGUGACUAGACCAAACUAAGCUAACGGAUUGCAUGUAAAAAGCAACUUGUGUUUUUGUCUAUAUUGCUCUUUUGUAGCCUUUCUACCUGUACAGAAUGGCUGGUAGGGUGAGAGCCAGGUCUCCCACUGUAAAUGUGCACAAACGAGCAGUCCUUUGUUGAUGCCAUUCUCCUUUGUCAGUCACUUAAAAAUGGUGUACAUUUUAGCAUAAAAUAAAUUAGGAUUGACCAUGCACACAAUUUUACUCCACUGAUUUAACUCCAUUGACAAUUGACUUCAGAUUAAUUGGGAGAUUUGAAGUUCAAAAUGUUCAACGACAGACUUCUAAGCCAAGGCAAUGUCUUAUUUAUAAUACUUGAGCAUUUAGUUUAAAGGGGCAAUCUGCAGUUGAUGCAUACAUUUUUUCACUGUGUGAUGUAUAGCCAUGGAUUAUUGAAUAAUAUAACUGAAAUGCCUCAUGACCUUAGUUGUACCCAAUUACAACCCAAAAUAUAAGCAUGUUUUACUCCAAAUGUUUGUAAAAAAAAAAAAAAAAAA